CCUAUGCUGUUGUUUAUGUUUUUGUAAAUGCUUUUGAAAAAAGUACUUUUAAAUCAUAAAUAUAUUUUAGAAUUGUAUAAAAAGAAUGGUUUACUUAAUAAUAAAAUCUGCUAUAUUCAAGCACACAACUAUAUGUGCACCAUGUAUAAAAUUGCUGAAAAGAAAUUUUGCAGAGCUACAGCCAAUAUCAAAAAAGGCAUUACAUCCUUAUAAACAAAUUCAUCCUUGGAAAUCGAUGACAGAGUUUUCAGAAGAUCUUCUUGCUAAUAUAAUUUUUAAUGAAGAUGGAUUAGUAGCAUUGAACAAACCAUACGGAAUAAAACGUGACGGUGUAAAGGUAUCCGCGUAUGGUGUACCAAAUGCUGUAAACUAUACAUUGACAGAAGCAGUACCAUACAUUUCCAAACAUCUGGGAUAUCCAAACUUAGCUAUAAUUAAAUGUCCUGAAAUGUAUAUGAGUGGUGUUACACUUUUAGCAACAAAUGAAAAAAUACAACGUGCUGUGGAAGUGUCUGUUAUUCAAAAUAAAUAUCUUUCAUAUAAAUACUGGGUAGUCACAUGUGGUAAACCUAAACAAUUAGAAGGUAAACAUCGUGUGGCAAUGAAAUCAAUGCAAAGACCCAACCAUGAUGGUUCCAAGGCAGUUAUUGUUACUUCAUGGUCCAAAAAUGAUGAGAAACUAAACAGGAUAAAAUUAUUAAAUACAGAAUUUAAGAUAUUAUCCAAUUCUAUCCUUGAUUUGUGUUCAUUGGUUGAAAUAACUUCAAGUACUAAAAGAUGGCAUGCAAUUAGACUUUAUGCGUCAACAUAUUUGUAUUCCCCAAUUCUUGGAGAUAACGUUUGUGGAUCACGAGUUAAGAAAGUAGGCAAUACUCAUGUAAAAGUUGAUCCCUUUCUAGAGACUGCUAAUGCACCACCAAAAUUGAAUAAAAGACUUUUACAAUUGUUGGCUGUAAGUGAAGAACGACAGAUAAUAAUUCCAGCUCAUAUUCAUUUGAAAAAAGUGGUUCUACCAAACUUUUAUGGCAAGGAUGUAACAAUUGAAGCACCUUUACCGCCAUCAUUUCAUUGGACAUGUAAACAACUUGAUUUGCAAUAUUAAAUUUAAAUGUAUUAUGUA